UAUUUUCUUGAUUGGUGUCUCUCUUAUUCCCAUUUUUCUGGAUUACUGUCCUUUUAACUUACAGAUUCCUUUGAGCCAGCGGAUUAGUAUUACGUCGGCCACCAUCACCAACGCCAUUUGUCGGCACCUAGUAAUUCAUUCAAUGUAAUUGUCAGUAACCCAUCUCUUCAUUCGUUUAUCAUCGUGUGCAUACGUGUCUCGUUGCUCCAUUUCGUGUGCUUAUCUCAAACACGAUUGAGAGAAGUCACGUCGGCUGCGCCGAUACUCGGACCCGACCGCAGUACAGCACUCUGCAGUAUCUUGUAUGCUUUUCCAGCCCAGAAGAGUAUUUUAUAUUGUAUCAACCACCUCAUACGUCGGGGAGGUCUUCGCUGUCUACAAAGGGCUGAACAAGAUCUUUGGGUCCAUCAUUCAACUCCAGGCUUUUCUUGGUCUUGAUUAUUCGCAACUCCAUCGGGAUUCGACUCUAGAUAGAUCCAUCAUGGAUCGCGGGCAGUUUACUUUGAUGGGAUCAACUGUCUGCGUCAUGCUCUGUCUGCACUUUUCGAUUCAGCUGGUGUCCCAACAUUACAUGUCCUGGAAGAAGCCAAAGGAACAAACGACAAUAAUUAUUAUUGUACUCAUGGCUCCAUUGUAUGCUAUCGAUUCCUAUGUUGGCUUGCUAGACAUACGUGGGAGUACAACAUUUUUCACUUUCUUGGAUUCCAUUAAAGAAUGUUACGAGGCUCUGGUGAUGGCAAAGUUUCUGAGUUUGAUGUAUACAUACUUGAACAUAUCUAUCAGCAAAAACAUAGUGCCUGAUGAGAUUAAAGGCCGAGAAAUUCAUCACUCAUUUCCCGUUACUCUUUUCCAGCCUCACACUGUGCGGUUGGAUCACAAAAAUUUGAAACUCCUCAAAGACUGGACAUUGCAAUUUGUGGUCAUCCGCCCUGUUUGUUCGGUUUUGAUGAUAGCCUGUCAGCUUCUCGAUGUUUAUCCGAGCUGGCUCAGCUGGACAUUCACCAUCAUCCUGAAUGUUUCGGUUUCACUAGCAUUAUAUUCUCUUGUAGUCUUCUACCAUGUCUUUGCAAAGGAGUUGGCGCCGCACAAACCUUUGGCAAAGUUUUUAUGCGUAAAAGGCAUCGUCUUCUUCUGCUUCUGGCAGGGAAUUGUGCUCGAAAUUCUUGUGGGGAUGGGGAUAUUAAAGUCGAACCACUUCUGGCUUGACGCGGAGCAUUUAGAAGAAGCUCUUCAGAAUGUGAUGGUGAUUGUGGAGAUGGUGUUCUUCUCCCUCUUGAUGCAAUAUGCAUACACUGCUGAGCCUUACCGCAUCGGGUCGGUCUUGGCCGCAGGCUCGGAGAAGAGUGACAAGAAGACUGAGUGAGAUUGUAAGCUUUUUUGCUUGUGCCUAUUGUAUGUUAGACAACAAUGGCAUGCCUUCUUUUAGGCUUUUGAAGGUUAGUAGAUGCCUUGUUUGGUGUCUGUUUUGUAAUAAAAUUGGAUUGGAAUUUUGUAAUUUCACUUGCUUGAUAUUAAUCAUAUUAUUCAUACAAAUUGGGGAAGCAUUUCUGAAGCUCAAACCACAACUAUUUCAAACUAAAAUUAAAAAGAUGGAUUGAGCGAAAUUGUGCCAAAUGAUUGAUAUUAUGGGCCGGUGGGCCAAGACGUAGUAAUUGGGUUGAAGAGUGUGUAAUUUCAUUAUCUUAUUUUUAAGAGUCGCAUUUUGGAAACUUAAAUCGUUGAUUGGUGGUUGACGACUUUUCUGGAGGCUAAAAUAUAAGUUUACUUGGGCGAGACGGCUAUUCGGAUUCGGGCAGGAUAAUUGGUGCUGGUGAUGGGACUAACGGAGGAGCUCCGAUGGACCGCCGGGAAACUCAAGAGCGUCGGCAAGUUCGCCGUUGAAUCUGCCGUGGCGGAAUACCUGAAAGGAAGUAUGCAAGUGUAUACAAUUGUGAAGGGAAAACUUAAUGGUAAAAUCCCUUUAAACCUUUCGAACGGAAAUAAGAACAAAACCUCUGCGAUAGUGGAAGAGAUGCAAGCAAAGCUAGAGAAGAUGCAACAAGACAUGAAUGACAUUGAGCACCAAACAAAGAUUUCAAUCCAUACAAAACAAGGACAGCCAGAACAUCCCACAAAGCAACAUUGUGAGGAACCUGUAAAGGUCUCUGCACAUGAGGCCAUGAAUCGCAGAAAGAUUUUCAUCCGCUCCCGGCUGUAAAAGAAUUUUGAAGACAAGGAGGAAAGCUGUUGUCAUGAACCCUUGCAAAUAUUGCAAGGGUUAUGAAUACAGCCAAUAGAUUGAAUACACAUUGCCUUGCUAGGCAUUGUCAUAUGUGAUUAUUUAGCAAUAUACUCAUCUUUCGUGGAACUGUCUACUAGGCAUAACUUCUUUAAGAGGUCUCGGUUAGUGCCUUUUAUUUUGGUGCCCUGUCUGAUUCUUAGUAUAUACUUGUUUCGGAGAGAAUCAUGUCAUUAUCUAGAAACCUAAGAUCGUACUUAUUGGUUUCUUCCCUAUGUAGUAAUCCUCUUGAUGACAAGAAUAUUGAUUAGCUAUGUUUACUAUA